CUCUCUGACCAGGGAUGGGCCUCUUCCCUUCCCCCUAGGACUCCCCUCCUGACCAUACUUGUCUCCCCCUCUCUCAGUCAGUCAGCUCCACAGUUCCCCAGACUGGUGGCUGUACCUCCCUCUCCCCGCCCCACCCCCAUUCUCCUUUCACUGCCCUGGCCAGCCCCUGGGAGCCACUGAGGGCUGUUUGGGAACAAGCCUGAGGAGGCUGGGGAGGGGCCGAGAACCACAUGGACUGAUUCAUUCAGAAGCAGGAGAUGCCCUGGGUCCUGUCCUGCCUUCUUAGCCCUGUCUCAGGAGCACUGGCCCACAGCCUCUCCCCAAUGGAUCUCAGAGCGCUAAGCCAUUCCACUCCAGGAGGACCCAGCAUCUAAUGCAGUCACUGGCUUCAGGUAGAUCCAGGGAACAGGGAGGAAGGAGGUUGUGAAUCCGGAGAAUUUAGGCAAAGAAGAUAACUCAAAUCACUAGAGGAGAGAAAGAACUGACUGGAGCACAGGCGAGGAGAGAAACCCCGAGAAGAACGAGCUGUUCAGGAGGAGGAAUCAAGCCAAGGGCCCCACAGUGUGGAUGCCUGCAGGGAGAGUGGGACCAGGGAGCUGGAGGAGGUGCUGGGGGCUGGUGGCGGGAGAAGGCCGGGGCUAUGAUCCUCAUGCCGGCCCUGCUGCUGAUCCUGACCCUGCUUUCAGGGCUAACUGAGGGGGCCAGCCUCCAGCCUGAACCCGUGAGCCACCCAGGUGUGUGCCCCAACCAGCUCAAUCCCAACCUGUGGGUGGAUGCCCAGAGCACCUGUGAGAGGGAAUGCCAUGUGGAUCAGGACUGCAGCGGGUUUGAAAAGUGCUGCACCAAUGUGUGCGGCUUGCGGAGCUGUGUGGCGGCCCGCUUUGCCGACGGGAGCUCAGCAACCCCGGCACCGGCCGCCUCCUGCGAGAGCUUCAUCUGCCCCCAGCAGGGCUCCGACUGUGACAUCUGGGAUGGCCAGCCCGUGUGCAAGUGUCGGGACCGCUGUGAGAAGGAGCCCAACUUCACCUGCGCCUCAGACGGCCUCACUUACUACAACCGCUGCUACAUGGAUGCCGAGGCCUGCCUGCGGGGCCUCCACCUCAGCGUGGUCCCCUGCAAGUAUGUCUUCAGCUGGCCUCACACCAGCCCCGGGCCUCCCGAGACCACCGCCCCCCCCACUCCGGGCGCGGCCCCUGACGUGCCCAUCCCGCCCGCCCUCUACAGCAACCCCUUCCACCAGUCUGUCUACGCCGGGGGCACAGCCAGCUUCCACUGCGAUGUGAGCGGCCGCCCCCCACCCGACAUCACCUGGGAGAAGCAGAGUGAUCAGCGUGAGAACUUCAUCAUGCGGCCCGACCAGAUGUACGGCAACGUGGUGGUCACCAACAUUGGGCAGCUGGUGGUCUACAACGCGCGGCCCGAGGACGCCGGCCUCUACACGUGCACCGCCCGCAACGCCGCCGGCCUCCUCCGGGCCGACUUCCCCCUCUCGGUCAUCCAGCGGGAGCCCCCGAGAGGGGAGCCCCCAGCCCCCAGCCCGCCACCCCCCGCGCCAAUGGAGUGUCUGAAGGAACCCGACCGCCAGGCCUGCCAGGGUGCCGGUGGCCGAGUACGGUGGCACUUCGAUGCCAAAAGGGGCAGCUGCACCACCUUCCAAGACAACGGCUGCGACCGGGGCAACGGCAACCGGUUUGAGACCUACGAGGCCUGCCAGCGGGCCUGUGCGCGGGGCCCUGGGGAUGCGUGCGUGCUGCCCGCCGUGCAGGGCCCUUGCCGGAGCUGGGAGGCUCGCUGGGCCUACAGCCCGCUCCUUAAACAGUGCCAUUCUUUUGUGUAUGGGGGCUGUGAGGGCAACGCCAACAACUUUGAAAGCCGCGAGAGCUGCGAAGACGCGUGCCCUUUCCCCCGGACGCUGCCCUGCAAGGCCUGCAGGCUCAAAAGCAAGAUGGCGCUGAGCCUGUGCCGCAGUGACUUUGCCAUCAUCGGGCGCCUGACCGAAGUGAUCGAGGAGCCCGAUGCCGGCAUCGCCCGCUUCGCCCUGGAGGGAGUGCUCAAGGAUGAUAAGAUGGGGCUCAAGUUCUUUGACACCAAGUAUCUGGAGGUGACGCUGAUGGGCAUGGACUGGGACUGCCCCUGUCCCAACAUGACGGCGGGUGACGGGCCGCUGGUCAUCAUGGGGGAGGUGCACGACGGGGUGGCCGUACUCCACCCCAGCAGCUACGUCAGGGCCGCCAGCGACAAGCGGGUCAAGAAAAUCUUGGAGCUGAUUGAGAAGAAGGCCUGCGAGCUGCUCAACCGCUUUCAGGACUGAGCCUGGGGGUCCCUGAAGGCCGAGUUCCAGCCGGCGCCCCACUCAGCCGGUGUUUUCGAGUCGGUGAAUAAAAGGUGUUUCUCUCUCAAGGCCUUGUGGCCCUUCUGCCGAGGGCAGGGACCCGGAGGGGCCAGUGGCAGGGCCCGCCUAACGGCCUGGCCAGACGCCCUCUCCCAGCCACGCGCCACCCCCCCAGCCGCACAAACACGACUUCUCCUCCCAAACAUGGCCAGCUUCCAGACUUGGGGGCUCUUCUUGGGCAUUGCCUCUGGGCCAGCGGGGAGAGAGGAGGUCGGAACUGCUCUUUCCAUACAAGCCACUGGGCGGGGACUCAGGCGCCCUUCUCCUGUCCCCCUGGUGCUUCCUGUUCCCCGGCCAGCUUUGGGGCUCACCUAUGUAGCCCUGGUUUGCUUUAGGGCCGGAGCUGGGGUCAGAGUUCAGUAGGAACAGAUAGGAAGGGAAAGGGUCAGAACUCACAGAAGAAGAAACCUCCUCAGAUCCCAGGCUGACAAACCUGAGCCUUCAUCUGGGGACCCCCGGCCUGAUGCCUCCCUGGGGAAAGGGCAACGUCUCCUCCUGGCAGUCAGUCAGGGCCUAUUCUUCUCCUCCGGGUUGGGACUCAGAGGUUAAGAAAGGGAAACCAUUCGAUUAGCUGUGGUUGCUGAGAGACAAGGCAAACAGGGCCCCUACAGAGGCCUCUCAGCCUGGGGUACUGGCCAGAAAGAUGGGAGGGGAAAAGAACUGGGGGCCCAGAGGUGGCUGUUGCUUCAGAGACAGUG